AUGGAUGCGUUUAAUUUCACAGCACUUUUGAGAAGGACCCUACUUGAUUAUCGAGGUAAGCUGCAAAGUUCUCAUAUAGAACAUAUAAAGCAAAUAAUAAACGAUGCGGAAAAUAUUGUGUCACAUUACAUUUAUCUCAAUGCCUUUUACGAUUGGACAGAUCUUGAAUUCAGGGUAUCAAAACUGUUUCAAGACGAUACUAUUCUGGUAAAUAGCAUUAGUGAAUUCAACAGAAAUCGCUUAAAUCCCUGGGUCCUAAGUAAUGAAUUUAUGAAUGAGCACAUCAAAGAAAUCGAUGAGGGGACUCUACCCAAGGAAAAGUUUGUAGAGUUUGUGCAAGCUAUGUCAGAGUACUUUAUAAGUUUGGAAGAUUCUGAAACUAUAUUUACAGAUAAUUGUAUGUCUCAAGUCGCGUUUAACCGAGAGCCAUAUGAUUUUACUUCCACACAACAAUGUCUAGUAGACGAUUUUUGUGAGCAUCGUAUACUUUCGCCACCAUCUGUUGCUUAUUCUUUAAGUCAUCGAUUGCUCAAUAUAUUUUUUCGCUUGAAAAUCAGAAAAUGCUAUAUUAAAUCUGAAGAAGCUGACCUUAGAGAAAUUGAUAAGUUGUGUGCAUUUAUGUAUCGAGAGGCUGUAUACCUAGCACGAAGAGGAUUUUUCGUCAGGGAUCUAUUUUUGGAGCAUAUCGCAUUGUGUGCAAUGAUGGGGUAUGAGGAGUUUCACCGUAAGCACUGGUUUACUAAAGCACUAAGCUGGGUGAAUGAAGAAGGCUGCAUGAAAGAAUUUCGCAAUUUUGAAAUUAAUCGGACCAGAAUAAUGCGAAAUAAAAAUAGAUUUAAUUAUCAAGAUAAAAGUACAUUCUUGAAAUGGCGUUGUAAUGUGUUACAUUCUCUUUGCGAUGACCAUCCGAGUGCUCUCUUGAUGGUUGUUUUAAGUCAUGCUAUAAGGCACACAGUGCAUUUUAUGCUGACGUAGAAUUAAGUAGGUCAAUCCACGUAAAAUGUUCAUUUAUUAAUAGGUACUACGUUAUUUCAUUUGUCUUUAACUUACAGUUUCAUUUUGUGACCUUCCUUACUGACUAACGUUUACUGCUAAUGAUCAGACACGUUACUAAUUUUUCUGCUAUAAGAGAUGAUCGGAAAAUUGUUAUGAUUCUUCGUUGAAUAAAAUUUCAGUGUUAUUAUAAGUAUAGACAUUUAUUAUCAUCAUUCAACAUUCAAUGUAAAUAUAAAAAUAAGUUAAUAACAAUUAAAUAAAUAAUAAUGUAACCUACCUUAUUACUUUUUAUGAUUAAGUUGUGUAGACUACCAUUGAAGUGUUAAAAUAUUAUUACUUAGGGAAAUAUCUUAUUUGUCAAAAAUUGUGCUUGUUUUGUUGAAUUGCAACAAAAGCCCAAGAGGCACA